UGUGACAGGUUUGCAAAGAACCUCUCACCAGACAAAAUCAAUCUAAGUACGCUCAAAGGAGAGGGUCAGCUGACCAAUCUGGAGCUGGAUGAAGAAGUGCUGCAGAAUGUUUUGGAUUUGCCCACCUGGCUGGCGAUAACAAGGGUGUACUGCAACAAGGCUGCUAUCAGGAUCCAAUGGACGAAACUGAAGACCCAUCCCAUUUGUCUGUUCCUGGAUAAAGUGGAAGUGGAAAUGAGGACUUGUGAGGAGCCUCGAGCACCAAAUGGACCCUCUCCCAUUGCCAUUGCAGCAGGUCAAAGUGAAUAUGGCUUUGCUGAGAAGGUGGUGGAGGGAAUGUCCAUUGUGGUGAACUCGAUUGUCAUUAAAAUCCAAGCCAAGGCGUUCAACGCUUCCUUCGAACUGUGGCAACUGCACGGCUACAGUGUGAACCCCAAGUGGCAGCAGAGUGAUCUCCGCUUCACAAGAAUCGCAGAUUCAGAGCGAGGAGAGGUUCUAACCUUUAAGGAAAUAACUUGGCAGACGCUCCGUAUUGAGGCCGAUGCCAUUCACAGUGACCAGAGCUUUCUCAGCACACCGUUACGGCUAAUCACCAACCAGUCAAAAAUCAGACUAGUUCUCAAGAGGAGAGUGAAAGACUGCAAUGUGGUGGCUUCAAAGCUGAUGUUUAUUUUGGACGAUUUACUGUGGGUGUUAACAGACUCGCAACUGAAAGCAAUGAUCAAAUACGCACAGUCACUGAGUGAGGCCAUAGAGAACUCAGCCAAGCAGCGGAAGAGCAUGGUGCCCGACACAGCAGGGACGAUUGGACCGGCGCCCAGCACCCAGCAAACACGACCACAGCCCUCGUCAACAAGCAGCAGCUCCAAAAGCAUCAGUCAGUACUUUGAGAAUCACGACGUGAAAGAAUCAUCCUAUCACACCACUAUCUCCCGCCUGGACUUGCACAUCUGUGACGAUGGUGUCUCAAAUGAACAAGGGAAAUCAAAACAUGGGGUGACUGGAGGCGCCAUGCAGUUAACAUUCAGAAAACUGAGUAUGGAUUGUUAUCCCUUCCAUUGGGCAAGUGACAGCUGCAAACAUUGGGUUCAACAUUGCGAAGCAAUGGAGACCAGGGCACGCUGGGCCAAAAAGCUGCUACAAGACUUUCAGUCCAAAAUAGAAGCAAUAAUCGAUCACGACGAUAGCACUACAGCAAUCAUAUCCCCAACAAAGGAGUCUCCAACAAAGCGAGCAGAGGCUUCUCCCACUCAGAAACCAAGUGCUCCUGGCAAAGGUCAGGCGUUUGAUAAGUCAUCCAUGGCUGCCCCAAGCCCACGGCAUCCACCUUGGGACAGGCUGCGGUCCAGCUGUGUAGUUAUCCGUGUUGAAGACCUGAACAUUUUUCAGGUCUCGGCCGCGGGUCAGCAGGGUAAAAAGCCGAGAACGUUACUUUCGUGCAACAGGCAGAACUAUCACCUCCCGACUGGCAUCUCGGCAAUUCACAUCGAAUUCACUGAAUACUAUUUCCCCGACAGCAAAGCCUUUCCUGUGCCUUGCCCAAACCUUUAUGUGCAGCUCAAUACCUUGCAAUUCACUCUGGACCCAACUAGUAUGCUAUGGAUGAACACGUUCUCUUUGGACCUGUACCAGACUCUACAACAGUUCAAAGCUAUCUAUAAACUGGAUGACUCUGGCAAAGCCGACGAACAUGUCAACUUUUGUAUGAAUGGGCUCAUGCUAAAGUUUGUUAUCCCGGUGGAAAAGAAGGAAAUGGAUCAUCCAGACAGGCCGCAGUAUCUGACCAUCCAGACCUCAGAUAUGGUAGCCACAAACACCAGGCACUCUGUCAACUGCAUGUACCAGGAUCUCCAGUCAGUGCUCAUGGACUUCCAAAACAGUGAAUUCUUUGACUCAACGUAUAAGGAGUUCCCUAAAUCUGCAAAUAGCUUCAAUGUGUUGCAUAAUAUGUUCUUGCAGCAUGUUUCCGAGCCACAGACGUACAUGGAGAGACUGCACGCAGACCUGAAUCUGGCCUUUGAUUCACUCAAGGCACCGUCAGCUGCUGACAUCUGGUCCAUCCAUUUCGCCCAGCUAUGGCUGGAGUUUGAGGGCAUGCAGAGUUCGAAGAGCAAGCCGUUCAGCUUUGUGGACCCCUAUCCUCUCUCCAUUUGGGUGUCUCAACCCACCAGGUUCCAACAGUACAAGGAUCGCAAGACUCUGCCCAGCCACCGUGCUCCUGAGGACACUGUUAACUCAGACGAUUUGGAUCAUAGAAGAAAUCUGUUCAGAAAUACGGAGCCGUCAGUGGAAAAUGGGUCAUUGGGUGGUACAAGACAGAAGAUAAUGGACGAUAAAUUUACGUCUUUCAGAAAGGCAGACAAAGGACUAAACACAGAGCCGGUUGGAGUGAAGGAAUCCAAUAUGAAUGAUAACUCUGAUGCAGAUAUACAUGUGCUGGUCUACACCAGUGCCCAUAUAAAAUCAUACCUCAACCACUACCAGUACCUUGUACUACUGAGGUUGAAAGAGUGUCUCACUCAGCUGCAAGAAGACAUGGCCCUGGAUAUAGAAAGGGUAAUAGGGGCUCCAGCGAAGCACCACACCAGCUGUAUAGGAGUGUGGGUUAAGAGCGCUGAGGUUGCAUUGCUCCUCCAUCCGGUGCCAACCAGCCCCAGUGAUGCAAAGUCUCAGGACUCUGAGAGCACCAGCCUCGCCGAGUCUGAACUUUCGCCUUCUGGAAGCAAAGAGAGCUUGGCUCUGGAGGACAGGUCUUUGAACAGGACACCCGCCUCCAAUCCACUGGACAGCACAGUCAACUCCUUGGAGGACAGUGGGAUCCACAAUGGAGAUUCAAGUUUGGCUGCCUCCUCUGAUCACUUAUCACAGUAUUGUGCGGCGACAGGCAGUCUAUUACCUCCCAGUGGCACUGAAGGAACGGAGUAUCACUCAGUAGAAAAAGAGCUUGUGGAAGAAGCGUAUGAAGCUGUUGAGUCAACCUGUGACAGUGAUGUGCCAACUGAGCUGAUUCCUCUCACCAACACUGAGGCCGAGGCAGCAAGUCCAUUGAGUUCGACGAAAGAUGCUGCGAAGGAAGCUUUGAACGUAACGGUGGAUUUAACUAAAGGAGCUGUAUCCCUCACCAAGGAUGCCUUCUGCUUUGGCAAGGAGAGAGUGGCCUCCACCGUGCAGAGGAUGCUCUCAGUGUCAGCCUCCAGAGAAUAUCUCUCCAGAGGUGAAGACACAAUAUCAUCAUCUUCAUCCAGCAGCAAACUACGUUUGUUAAACGUAAAGCGAACAACCUCCCAGCAUUCCCUCGACACAACAUCACUGGACGGCAGCCUGACAGAUGAUCGAAUAUCGAUGGACAGUGACAGCAGCGAGAACUACGUUAUGCUGAUGGAUACAGAGUCAGGGCAGGAAUCUCUGCUCUCUGACGGCAGCCUACAUCGUGCAGCUGUGGCCGGCAGCAAUCAGAGCCUCUCUGAGUGUGCAGACGGAGGAGCGAGUAAGAAAGCCUCAAUCGCUACCAGCUCUUCCACUCACAGCCAGGAGAUCGCUGACCCCCAACAGGCCUCUGUGUUGGUGCUCAAGAUUUUAGAUGUGAAUUGUGCGAUCGAUAUGAGGGGUGAUGACCUGUCCUUUGGUGUUCAAGCUAAGGAGGUGAUUCCAGAGCAGCUGGGCAAUGUGGACGUGGAGCAGUACAUGAGCAGGCACAGCACGGGUUAUGGGAAGCCGAGCUGUGGGGAGUCGGAGAGAGCCCAGCCUGCAGUGAGCUUUCAUUUUGAGUGUGGCCCCGGCUCGGCUGAGCACUCUCCACUGGCCGUGAAGAACGGAUUCCUGCACUUCCACAUCAGUGACUACGAAGUAGAGUUCCUGAUGUCCUCGCUCACAAACCUGGGCCCCUUUUUAGAAGACGAGGUGAUUCCAGAAGUCAUUCCAAUGAAGAUCGAGCUCUCUGAAUGUAGAAUUACACUAAAGGAUGACGGACCCCCAUUGUACCCUACGAGCCCUGGGCCUAUACCUAUACGCCUGGAUAUUGAUCAUCUGGUGAUUCAGCGGAUCGAUGAUGGGACAUUUUGUAUGAAGGUUGACUCACAGAACAAAGACAAUCUAAUGCCACUGAAAAACCAUUUGGUUAGGAUGGGGUCGGAUAAGAGGGGAGAGGAAUCUCCAGAGACUGGGAAACCCUCAGCUUUGAUUGGGGGAAGGCUGCCAUCAGACUUGGCCUCUACUGUCAGCAAGGAGAUGAAUGAUCUCCUGAGACAGGAACUCGCCAGCACGAAAGCAGCUCUAACCAAGGCAAACCACGACAGAGACAGACUGCUCCAGGAGAUAAGGAAACUGAACCCUGAAUUUGACCUCUGAUGGUCACUCCAGACUAGCACAGAGUUAACACUGCCAACAGCAACACUAAUACUCGUUUAGGAUAUCCCUGACUUAGUGACUAUUUUUUCUAGUAUCCGUUCAGCACUCGUCUCUAGUCCGCAAGAAUGUCCCGAUACCUACAGACAGAAGGCAACUCCAGCUCCAAGUUCAGCACUUUGAAACCACUCGGAAGGAAUCUUGUUUCAUACCGCGGACAUUGGAGUUUGAUUUUGCCAAGUACACAGAGAGUGCGGACGCCAAUCAGCACAUUCAGCAUCAGUGAUGGGAGGGAAGAGCGACUGCAGAGGUGGAGACUCGGCUCUGAGCAAGAGAUGGCAACUGAAGCCAAUUGAGUUGCUGCAAGCAGGGGAAGAUGGGGCUGUGUGAAAGCUGAAGUGGACACUUUAUAAUGACAUAUGGCCAGGAACAUUCAUUUACUGGGGAGAAUACACAGAGUGACACUGGGCUCAUUCGCUCCCCUUUGCACAGUAAGACCAGUUGAAUGGUAAGAGCACCAUGUAAAUUUGUGACCUCAAUCCCAAACAGAAGAGCGAUAUGAUCAGCACUGUAAGGGCUGGUGUAUUUUCCCCCACACCUUUUCCCAUUUUGUGUCUGCCCAAAUAUUGCGGAGUGAUUCUUACACUUGUGGGACUGAUGGGUUGUAACCAAAAUGGCAACAGGCCUUAUAUGCAGGUGUGUCUCACUUCCUGGAUGUCAGCGGUUGUAAGGUCUGCCUUCAUCAAAGCACUUUUUUAAAAAAAAUUGGAAGGCCUUGUUCGUGAAUGUUAAAUUACUAUUUCUCUGUGUUAUUCACUCACGAGGAGCUGCCUGUGUUGAUGUGCUCUGUCAUCCUUUCCAGAUUCUCACAGGGUGAGGGCUGCAGUGUGGUAAUGAGCUCCAGGAUGCUGUGCUUGCCUGCAAUUCACAAAAGUCCAGAGCAUUCAGAAGUGAACAAUGCAGACUUAAUACCCUUCUGUUAAUGUUUACAGGCCUUUCCAACAUUAGUACUUGGCACUAAAAUUGAUCUGAUUCCAAUCUAGCUUUUGCUGGAUUGAGUUUAAACCCCUCAGUUUCUCCAGAUGCCAUUGUGCUUCAUGUUAGGAAUCGGAGCCAUUCCGAUGGAAAACUGAGUGAAACCCAACUAUUGUCAAUAGCCUGCCUUUGGAUAGAUUGUCAAAGUCUCCAACAUUCAGUGGUCACCAGAAGAAGUGGUAUUCUGCUAGUGCAUAACCCACAGCCCCCUUCCCCCAUAGCUGGAGAUUAAAACGUAAAAAUAUUCCAGGAUUCCUUCACUAUUUUCAGGCAGAGUGCAAUUUUUACCUAUUUUGCAAAGUCAGUCAGAAUACUAAAGCUUCUGAUUCAUGGAACUGUUGUCAAGUUUCCAUCUUUAAAUGUAAUACAGUUACAUAGGCUGUUCUGAGCCUCAUCUGUGUGCAUAUUCGAUUUUGUUGCCAUGGUAAACUAGCCAAAAGACUGCUCUCUUCGUAGGUAAGAGAUAAAUCCCAUUAUGUAAUGGAAAUGGUACUUGGAACUGCCCACUCCUGCUGCCCUCACCUAUCAGAAUACUCUUGGGUGCAAUCGGACUUCAUCUGCUUAAAGAUGCCUCACAGCACAGAGUGUAUUUCUCCAGCCAGACCUUCCUGGCUGCUGUAGGUGCUGUCAUUAGAUAUGGUCAUGUUUAAGAUACAUUAAGCUUCUUUCAAACUGUUGGUCAGGAAUUUUGUAAAGAUAGUUAUUAACUUAUGAUAAUGUAUUUCAUCUAACUUAAAGCAAUGUAUGAAUUAAUUGGUUUUCGAUCCAUUGCCUGCUGAUGAAUAAUAGACUAGGAAAGCCACUAGAUGGUGCUCAUAUCGGCAAUUAUCAGCUUGUCAAAGGCACAGUGUCCACAUUUGCUCACUGAAGAUGCACUUGUAUCAGAAAUUAACCAGCAGUAUGUUGUCGCCUUACUCAAAUGCAUUGAUUGGGUCAUUCAGAGUGAUUAUUUUUUCAUCAGCUCAUCCCAAGUGGUUGGGGAAGAGCAAUUUUUACACCAGCAGCUAUUGGCUGCUGCGUUUCGUUCACAAUCAAUAUACACAAGUC